AUGCGCGUUCACGACGCUCGGAGGUGGCGAGCCCGUGCCUCGGUAUACGGCAUCGUUUGGAGGGAGAGAGGGGAGAGGAGAGAAAGAGAGAGCGAGACGGAGAGGGCUGCCACACCGAGUGUCCACCGAGUGUCUGUCUCCUCCUCGCGUUGCCAGUGAACAGUCCUCGCAUUCCUAUGUCUGCCAGUUGACACCGCGAACCAGAAGGGACGGGCUUCCACCGCUGCACGGAUUCAGGAGUCCUAUAGCGGGGCUGCGCGUUUUUUCAGCAGGAGCACCUGACAUUUCCUGUGGCAGAUUUACUCACUGGAUCAUGGCACAGACCAACAGUGGUGGGCAGGGGACCAAUGGGGUGGCGGAUGAGUCCCCCAACAUGAUAGUGUACAGAAAGAUGGAGGAGGUAAUAGCCCACAUGCAAGAUGAGAAAAAUGGCAUCCCCAUCCGAACGGUGAAAAGUUUUCUUACCAAGAUCCCCAGUGUUUUUUCAGGCUCUGAAAUUGUUCAGUGGAUGAUCAAGAAUCUGGACAUCGAAGAUCAAGUGGAGGCUCUUCACUUAGGAACUCUGAUGGCUGCACAUGGUUACUUCUUCCCCAUCUCAGACCACGUCCUCACACUCAAAGACGAUGGCACUUUCUAUAGGUUUCAGACUCCAUACUUUUGGCCAUCAAACUGCUGGGAACCAGAAAACACAGACUAUGCUGUUUACCUCUGCAAAAGAACAAUGCAAAAUAAAGCACGUCUGGAGCUGGCAGACUAUGAAGCGGAGAGCUUAGCGAGGCUACAGAGAGCUUUCGCCCGGAAAUGGGAGUUCAUUUUUAUGCAAGCAGAAGCACAAGCAAAAGUGGACAAGAAAAGAGACAAAAUUGAGAGGAAAAUCCUCGACAGUCAGGAACGAGCGUUCUGGGAUGUGCACAGACCAGUGCCUGGAUGUGUGAACACAACAGAAGUCGACAUAAAGAAGUCGUCCAGAAUGAAAAACCCACACAAAACCAGAAAGUCUGUGUACGGGCUGCAGAACGACAUCCGCACCCACAGCCCGACCCACACCCCCGCCCCAGAGGCCAAGCAGCCCACAGAAGAGGAACUGCAGGAACAGAUCACCUUUUGGCAAUUGCAAUUAGACCGGCAUCGACUGAAAAUGUCCAAAGUGGCGGAGAGUUUACUGGCCUACACAGAGCAGUACGUCGAAUACGACCCGUUCCUCACGCCUUCAGAUCCGUCCAACCCCUGGAUCUCAGAUGACGCCACGCUCUGGGAGCUGGAAGCCAGUAAGGAGCCAGGCCAGCAGAGGGUGAAGAGGUUUGCUUUUGGCAUCGAUGAGGUUCUCAAAGAUCCUGUGGGGAGGGAGCAGUUCCUCAAGUUCCUGGAGUCUGAAUUCAGCUCAGAGAAUCUCAGGUUCUGGCUAGCGGUCCAGGAGGUAAAGAAACGUCCCAUCAGAGAAGUUCCGACCCGGGUCCAGGAGAUCUGGCAGGAGUUUCUGGCCCCCGGAGCACCCAGUGCCAUCAACGUGGACUCCAAGAGCUACGCCAAAACCACCCAGAAUGUCAAAGAUCCCGGUCGCUACGCCUUUGAGGACGCACAGGAACAUAUCUACAAGUUGAUGAAGAGUGAUUCUUACAGUCGUUUCAUUCGUUCCAGUGCCUACCAGGAGUUAUUACAGGCCAAGAAGAAGAAAAGUAAGAACUUGUUCUGA